AUGGCGGCACACGGUAGCAACGGGGAACCCACCGUCGGGUCCGGCGAGCCCAGACAGAAGGGCAAGGCGACUCCAGAGACGAUCAGAAUAGGAUGUAUUGCUAUGGUCAAUAAAGAAGGUGUCCCUCGACGAGCAGAAAUUCUCAGUAUAAAAGAAACGAAGAGCGGACGGCAGUUCUACUGCAAUUUUGAUAACUUCAACAAACGUCUCGAUGAAUGGGUGCCGACAUCCCGCAUCGACUUUGACCAAGAGGUUGAGUGGCCAGUCCCGGAAAAGGAUAAGCCUAAGGAAGCGAAAUCGAAGAAGGGAACGGCGACAUCGAAGAAAGCGCAGCCCUCAAAGAAAGCUCAGAAGAGGCCUGCGAAGCGGGAGCAGUCGGCCCCAUCCGAGUCCGCCACACCGCACCCAUGGACCGAAUUCACCGAGUCGCAGAGCCGGAAGAUGACCCCGACGGCGGAGGAGAGCCAGAGCCAGACACCGGCGACCGGCGAGGCGAGCGCGACGCCAGCAGCACUGGGAGAUGAAAUGGACAUUGACGGGGACGAGGGCGACCAAAAGAAAGACCUCAACGGCUUCAGUCGCGAAGAGGAGAUCGAGAAGUUGAGGACGCAUGGGUCUAUGACCCAGAAUCCGGCCGAGAUCUCCCGCAUUCGAAACAUCUCCAAGGUGCAAUUCGGCAAAAACGAUCUGUUCCCUUGGUACUUCUCGCCAUACCCCGAGGUCUUCAACCAGGAGGAUGUCAUUUACAUCUGCGAGUUCUGCCUCGGAUAUUACGGCGACGAGAAGUCUUUCUCGCGACACAGGCGCAAGUGCACGUUGCAACACCCACCCGGAAACGAGAUUUACCGGGACGACUCCGUAUCGUUCUUCGAGAUUGACGGUAGACGACAGCGGACGUACUGUCGCAACCUAUGUUUACUGUCCAAGAUGUUCCUGGAUCACAAAACACUCUACUACGACGUUGACCCGUUCCUGUUCUACGUUAUGGCGAGUCGAGACGAUAAGGGUUGCCACAUUAUCGGAUACUUUUCCAAAGAAAAAGAAAGCGCCGACGGCUACAAUGUUGCUUGUAUUUUGACACUACCUCAAUACCAGCGCAAGGGUUACGGUCGGUUGCUGAUCCAAUUCUCUUACGAGCUUUCCAAGAUUGAAGGCAAGCUAGGCUCGCCCGAAAAGCCGCUCUCUGAUUUGGGUCUGCUGAGUUACCGACAAUACUGGGGUGAGAACAUCCUAGAUCUACUCAUAGGAUACAACGAGCGCGAAGAGAAGGCGACCAUCGAAGCCAUCUCCACCCAGCUCGCCAUCAUCCCCCAAGAUGUGGAACACACCUUACAAGCACUUAAGAUGCAGGUUUACCACAAGGGCGAGCACAAGAUCGUGAUACCAGAGAAGCUCAUCCAGCAACGUGAGAGGCAGAGAGUGAAGCAGAAGAGGCUCAUUGAUCCUAGUAGGAUCCAAUGGAAGCCUCCGGUGUUCACAGCAUCCACGAGGACAUGGGGUUGGUAA